AAGAAUAUCAUCAACCACAAGCAAUCCAGAUCUUGAAUCUCUUUAGUCCUUCCUUUGCUCUCAUACAUAUUCAGAAGCUUCAAGAAUCAAAUCUGGAGAUAAGAAAAUGGCUUUAGUGAGAAGUAUCUUCAGUGCAAAGAAGAUUCUUGGCGGCUCCUUAGCAAGAACAAGCAAAGCACCAAAAGGUUUUCUUGCGGUGUACGUCGGUGAGAACCAAGAGAAGAAGCAGAGAUACUUUGUACCAAUCUCAUACUUGAGCCAGCCUUCAUUUCAGGCUGAUCUUCUCAGUAAAGGCGAAGAGGAAUUUGGUUUUGAUCAUCCAAUGGGCGGCUUGACGAUUUGUUGUCCUGAGUAUACUUUUAUCAGUAUAACUUCUCGGAUCCAAUGAUGACCGUCAGUAGGAAAAACAACAAUUUUUCUUGUAAAUAGAUUGACAAAUUUUCAUCUUAUUAACCAAAAGAUUUGUUCCAAAGGAUAGAAGUUUCUUUGUGAAAGCCAGUUUUGUGUAAGAAACGAUGCUAUCAAACAUAUAACUAAUGAGUAUAGUUAGUUUUCAAAGUUUUGAUU